CUUUAGGAAGUUGCCAUGCAGGUUCCCUCCCACCUAAACUCACAUCUUACGUCAAACACCACUCUCAUCUCUGUCGGCUGCAAUUUCAUAGCAACUCCUUAAAGCUUUCAGAGAAUUCAUUGCCUCUGUCAGAUUUUAUGGCCUUUUAGUUUAAUCAACAUAUUAAACGCCAGCAGUUGAGUUUAUUGAAAGCAUUGAGCUAAGAUGGAAGUGGAUCAUCAAGUUUGUAAUCCAUCCAAGUGGUUUUCAAACAAGGGACUGAGGUUGAGUUUCCCUCGUCGCCGAUCAAAGUCGAGGUCAACAUCAAGGUCUCCCACCUCCCCCAUGUCUCCAGGUGAAAGUACAACAAAAAGAUCCACUAGAGAUGAUGAGCUUAAAGAGGUUUUUCGUCAUUUUGAUGGCGAUGGUGAUGGGAAAAUAUCAGCCCUCGAGCUCAGGAGUUACUUUGCAUCAAUUGGAGAGUACAUGUCGUACGAAGAGGCUCAAGGAGCCAUCAAUGAUCUCGACACAGAUGGUGAUAAUUUGCUUGACUUUCAAGACUUUCUGCGGCUUAUGCAAGGAGAAGGCGAUGAGGAUCUGAAGAGGGCGUUUGAGAUGUUCGAGUUGGAGAAGAAAGGCUGCAUAACUCCAAAAGGGUUGCAAAAAAUGUUGAACCGCCUUGGAGAUUCAAAAUCUUACGAUGAUUGUGUUGCCAUGAUUCAAGUUUUUGACAUCGAUCGCAAUGGAGUCCUUGAUUAUCAUGAAUUUUACCAGAUGAUGACUAAUUAGUAUCUUUCGACACCCACUUUAACUACACAAAUAGAUAUACAAUUAUAAUGUGUCAUUACAUGAUUGGUGUUAAUUUAUCUUUAAUUCAAAGUUACCUAAUCAAUUAAGAACACAUCUUAGAUAUAUAUCUAUUUGUGUAGUGGGUACAGAUAGUUUCAUUGUUUCCGCAAACAAAUCUAUGUUUCAUGGUAUGAGUCUUUUGAUUCCAUUGUUCCAAACAAAUGUCUUUCUUUGGUUCUUUGUUUCCAGGUUAAAUAUGAUUAUAUGAUAUAUAUGAGUUUGCUCUUUUA